AUGCUGCUACGUCCACAGGAAAUGGCACUCUACGUAGAACGCGGUGUCAUUGAUGUGGGGUUAGCAGGACGAGAUUGGGUACGCGAAUGCAACGUUGAUGUGCUGGAAGUCGCUUCGCUGACCUACGGCAAGCUGACCACUCAGCCAGCGCGGUGGGUGCUAGCGGUCGCAGAAGACUCCACCAUCCAGUCUGUCGCAGAUCUCGAAGGAAAAGUCAUUUUCAGUGAACUAGUUGAAGCAACAAAAUCAUACCUCAAGGAUAAUGGUGUCAAUGCGACGGUCAAAUUCUCACACGGCGCAACAGAGGUGAAGAUUCCCCAUCUCUGCGAUGCAAUUGUAGAGCUUACGGAGACUGGCAGCACUUUGCGUGCCAACCAGUUAAGAAUUGUUGAUGUCGUUAUUGAAUCGGUAACGAUGUUGAUCGCAAAUAAGGAGAGUUGGACGGAUGAAUGGAAGCGGCACAAGGCGGAAAGUUUGUAUAUACUCCUUUCCGGAGCAUUGGCGGCACAAAACAAAGUCGGGCUCAAAAUGAACAUUGCCCAAGAAAACUUGCAAUCCUUGCUCGCCAUUUUGCCAGCGAUGAGAAAUCCAACGAUUUCCCAACUUAGCCAAGAUGGAUGGUAUGCCGUCGAAACGAUUGCCGAUGAGCGUAUUGUCCGAGACUUCAUCCCGGAACUCAGGAGCGUAGGCGCAGAAGGGAUUAUUGAAUACCCUUUGAGCAAAGUAAUUCCGUGA